AUGAAGGGUGGUCUUGGUAUCAAACUGGGCGGUGGACUAUUUGGUCUACGCAUUCCACGUCAGCACGCUCUUUCCACCAUGUCGCGAGACGAGUACGAGGUUGCCAUUUACGGCCAUCCCAACAUCACGAAUCCUUAUCGACAUCGCAUGGAUGAACACCCGGAGUUAAAGGGGGUUAUGCAAAAUGCGUCUCUGGAUGUACAUUUGGUGCUGUUGAUGCCUCGAGUACCGCGUGUCACGACAACGGCGACCGUGGCGGAGGCAGUGCCUCAGUCAUGGGACGAAUUACUUUGGCAUUUGGGCGAGAUCAUCCGAAAAGAGUCUUGUUUGAUGGACCAUAGUAGCAGUAUUAUUAAAACUUACUGUGCAACAACGUCUGCCUCAGUUUUGUGUCGUGAUGCAUCUCACGACUCACUACAUGCUGCUGCCGCAUCUCUCUUUAAGGAUCUUAUGCGAGGUGAAAAACUUUGCCCAUCGUCUCCGACGUUGUUGAACCAACGGCACGCAAAGAGACGCAUUCCGUUACUUGGUGCUUCCCUUUUAGCGUCUGCAUUGCCCUCAGCGAGGGCGGGUGUUGGAAUCACGUCUUCCACAUUGCCGUUUUGCAUGACACAAAGGGAAGAGGUGCCACGAGUUUUUUUACAGGAUUCAAAAAAAAAAUUGACUGCGCCUUACUGA